GCGUCGAACCUCUCGCAGAGCGCGUCGCACGUCCGAGUACCGGCCGCCGCCCGUCAUCAGUAGUCGCCGUACCGCGCAGCCACGUAACCUCUCACCUUCUUAGUUUUUAGUAGUCGGUAGUGUGAGGAGAGUGCGGAGAGAGAAAGAGAGCGAGAGAGAGAGAGAGAGAGAGAAGGAGAAAGUAAUUGGCGAAGGGAGACCAAGGGAAGAGAAGUAAUACCGGAGUCAAAAGAGCGAGCGAGAGGUCGACAGCCUUUUUCCCUCGUGUAUACUCUAUUAGUCGUCGUCGUCAUCGUCCUCGUACUCAUCCUCCUCGUCGUUGUCGUCGUCAUCCUUGCCAUCGUCAUUGUCGUCGUCGUUGUCACCGUUGUCAUCGUGGCGCGACAAAGCGCGGGGUAUAUAUCCUGAUCCACAACCCGUUUCGCAUACACUCCUUCGCCGUCAAUAAUCGCGCUUUCGUCUAGUAGUGCCGCGCGAUUAUCAGCGAACGCACCAUCCCUCCAUAAUCCGGAGUGACCGAAAGGUAGAUAGAGCGAGAGAGACAGAGAGACAGAGAGAGAGAGAAAGAGGAAGACGCCAGAAGGAGCGUAAUCGAGCGUGAGCGAGCGAGAGAGAGAGGCUUUGAAACCGUAGUUGGAGCACCGGCACAACUGGAGCAAGUUCGGAGCGAGGGAAGUCUCGCGCGUGUCGUGACACCACCCCCUUCGUACGUCACGAGCUCCGCCGCGACGACGCUCGCCGCUACCGUCGGCGACGAGAUUACCGUCGCGAGCACCCGAGGACACCGUCCGCAGCGAUUGCAGCAACAGCAGCAGCAGCAUCAUUGUCCACGACAGCACUAGACAACAGCACCGCUACUCCGCUACGCGAGCGAACUCGCCGACCGCCGUCGCUGCCACCCCGGGCACGCGAGAGCCUAGCGACGACGACGACGAGUAAUCGUGCGCCGCGCGCUGCUAUGGAGUCCCAGAACCAGGAGAUCGUAGCGAGCGGUUCGCCCGCCGAGGUGCCCAACGAUCCAGGGAAAAUGUUCAUCGGCGGCCUAUCUUGGCAGACCAGUCCAGAGAGCCUCAGGGAGUAUUUCACCAAGUAUGGAGACAUCACAGAGGUCAUGGUUAUGAAAGAUCCCACCACACGACGAUCAAGGGGCUUCGGAUUCAUCACAUUCGCCGACCCUGCGAGCGUAGACAAAGUGCUGGCGCAGGGCAAUCACGAACUGGACGGCAAGAAAAUCGACCCAAAGGUAGCAUUUCCUAGGAGAACACAUCCAAAGAUGGUGACAAGGACAAAGAAGAUAUUCGUCGGGGGAUUAUCGGCGCCGACGACGCUGGAGGACGUCAAAAAUUACUUCGAACAAUUCGGUCCGAUCGAAGAUGCUAUGCUGAUGUUCGACAAGCAAACUAACAGGCAUAGAGGCUUUGGAUUUGUUACGUUUCAAAGCGAGGAUGUCGUCGACAAAGUCUGCGAGAUCCAUUUCCAUGAAAUCAACAACAAAAUGGUCGAAUGCAAGAAGGCACAGCCAAAGGAAGUGAUGCUCCCAGCGAAUCUGGCGAAGACGCGAGCGGCCAGCAGAGGCGCAUACGAUUUUAUGUGGUCUCUGGGAGCAUUACCUGAUGGUUUCCCAGCGGCGGCGUACGCGGCAUACGCGGCGGGCCGCGGCUAUUCUGGGUACCCUAGUUUCGGAUUACCCUACCCGACAGGAGUGCCGGCGGUGUACUACCACGGAACAGGAAGUGAGAAUGCAGGCCGCGCGUAUACAGAGGCGCCGAUGCAACACGUCCAACGCAAUGCACUCCGGAAGAAAUUGGAUCUAACCAAUGGACAACUCACCCCAAACAACAACACGCCCUUACUUACACAAGCACUUUCUGUGAUGAACAACUACCAGGCGGCCGCAGCGCAGGCCGGAUUCCCGCCGGCGUCGCCGCACGCGGCCGGCCACGGUGGGCCGCAGGGCCGGUCUUUCCCGGCGGCCAAUUCACCGGGCCCGAUUGACAUGUACAGCUCGAGCGCCGCCGCCGCAGCAGCAGCCGCAGCCGCGGAUUCCGCAGUCGCAAGCUACGUCCAGGCCGCAGCUAGCCCGCAGCCCCCCACGACCGCGUUCCCCGCGAUCGCCGUAUCCCGUGCCCCGCUCAACUACAGUCCCGGUCCUCUAAUACCAGCGGCGUUCACUAAUGGCUACCAUUGAGCCUUGUUAAGACCUAAUAACAGGAUGGACGAGACGGCAGAACGCAGCACGGUCGCCUGAUAUAAUAAGCAACACGGACGAUUUGCGGCAGCUAAACACACAGUGGACGAUCUCUGGACGAAAAAAAUAACACAUACACGCCUACUGUAUAGAUACAAAGAUAUAAAUAACGAACAAAAGUUGCAAUUUAAAAAAAAAACGGAUAAUGUCGAGAAGGCAACUUAUCAAGUAAGAUUCAAUCGAUGCAACUUCAAAAUCCGGAUUGUAAAUAACCGGAUGUAAUAUUACGCGAAUAAUGUAAUAAUUGCAUUAAGAAAGAAUUUAGAGCAUUAGUCGAAUCCAGUUGGAUGCAACUAUAGAUAGAGAGAAGAAAAUUAAUCCUGUUGAUGAGUAAGAGAAAAGAAACUGACGCGCAACGGGGGAAGACGUCCAGAGAGAAAGUCAG